AUGGGUGCCUGGUUGUUCCCGUUCGCUCAACUCCGUGGCUGGACCUGGGAAUCUUCGACUUGGCAGAGCCUCUACUCUUGCUACAGCUUCAGCACUACCGGAAUGACCGCAGCUGACAUUCAAUCGCAAACCGAACAGUGCACCCAACUGACUGCCUACUAUUGCGAGAACCCACAACAGAUCCCGGCCGAACCCGUCGAGCUUUCAACUAACGUUGGAGUCACCCAGUUUUACGAGAUCAUCGGAUACAUCUUCUCCUCCUAUGAGUACCGCGCUAGCUUCGCUGCCUCCUUCUACUACUACAUCAGCUCCUGCUCCAGCGGACCUGUCGAGCUUCAAUGGCUCCAGAUUAUCAAGGGGGCAUGUGAAGUCCAAGACGGCGACUCGACCGAAUGCACCGAUUCCGGCUUUGAAGUCGACAGCUAUUCGAUCGAUGCCUGCGUUGAGCUCGUCGAGCAAUUGAUCGCCGAAGCCAAUGUCGAAAUCCUCCAGUUCAUCGGAUACUACAUCGAAGUUGUCCUCGGAGGGACCGUCGCCACUGAGACCAAGACCUUCUCUGGCACCGUGGAACAAUACAGCUACAUGUUCACCACCAUUGCUGACUCGUGCGGAAUGUCGGGAGCUGCCUGGCCGGAAUGGCUUGAGUUCCAAAGCGAAUGGGAGGCCUACUGCAGUGGAAUGGUAGACAUCGAAUGGAGUGUCUGCAUCACCUGGGUCCAACGCUUCUUCCAAUGUUGCUGCGACUUCCAACCCGGACCAACUGCCAUUCCCUCGGAAGAAUCGAGCACUGACUUCCCCUCCGAAGAGCCCAGCACUGACCUCCCCUCUGAGGAGCCAAGCACUGACUACGCGACCGAUUACACCGACUACACCGAUUUCACCGAUGUCCCAUCCAGCAUUUCUCCCACGACCUCGUCUUGUGGAGAGCUCAGCGCGGAGGAUCAAUGCAAAUACAUCAUCCAAUACUUCUACUUUGUCGCCCAGCUGUAUGUGAAUGUCGAGUGGCGCGCACAGCUCAAUGGAUACUGCGAAGUCUUCAAGCAAGAAAACCCCGACUGCACUGGACCCGAAAAGGCUGCCGCCUUCGUCGAGCAAACCAGCCGAUGCCGUGGAGGAGGAAGCGGCGAAAGUGGCGAGAGCGCAACCACUAGCGCAGCUUCGACCGAUGCUGUCACUGAUGCCGUCACUGAUGCCGCAACCGAUGCGGUUACCGAUUCCAGUGUUGCACCAUCAGGAAGCACCGCAGAAUGCUCGUGGGAGCUCUUCGUCGACUUCAGCAUUGAAAUCUGGCUCAACGGAAACUGGGAGCUUCUUCUCCAAGGAGCCAAUACGAUGUGCGAGACUGAUGAUGGCAGCCAAGAAGGCGAUGUUGCCCCCACAGAUCUGUCCGCUGAUUGCGAUGAGCUUGAUGGCCCCACCGGUAUCUUCUUCUUCUUUGAAAUCCUCGCCAUCGAAUGCGGCUUCUACGAGACAGCGUGGUACUCUGAAUGGAUCCUCCAGUUCGAGGCUCUCUGGUACCAGCUGGAUUGGGACUGCGGAUGCUGGGGUGAUUUCGAGUGGACCUGGGACAUUGAAUGGAUCGCUCUCAUCGAGGAGUUCCUGGGCUACAUGACUUGCGGAUGCACGCCCACCGAGCCACCGGCGCCAACCUUUGCGACUUCCGGAUGCUACCAAAUCUACGAAUUCAUCGCGUGGUUCUGCUCUGACGACGCCCGCUGUGAUCUGUUCGAAUCUUUCAUGACCUGGUACUUCGAUCUUUGCGGCUACACUCAAUGGGAGCUGCUGACGGAGGAGGAAGCCUAUGAUGCUAUCUACAUCUGCCUUGAGUACAUGAUCUACGUUGUUGAGAACCCCGACUGCACACCGAAGCCCGCGCCUGUCAAUAAUCCUUCCCUGAGCAUCACCUGGGAUACCUGUGUCUACACGAUGAUGUACUGGGGCAGCUUCGAGGGCAGCGCCAAGUUCAUUACGAUGAUCAAUGAGGUCGGAAACGAGUGCGCUGGACUCGACUCAAACGAAUCUUCUGACUCUGGAGAAGCUGGCACUGAACCAUCUGAGCCAGGAGCGGAUUACUGCGUCUUCAUCUGCCAAUACAUGGCCGUUACCUACGGAUGUUGGGAUGAUGCCGAGUUCCAAACCUACUGGGUUCAAUUCACCGCCGGCGUCGCCGUUGCCAAGCAGCAGUCAACCCCUGCCGACUGCUGGGCACAACUGCAGAUGCUCAUUGACUACAUUAUUCAAAUCAUCUGUGGUUGGGAUGUCUCCGGUGUCACUGGAGCUACAGGAGCCACCGAUUCGAUUGGCUCAACAGCAGCCGCUGCUGCCUCCACCGUCGCC